GAAAAGCGUCUAAGUCCCAGAAUCUCUCUCAACUCUGUUGAAAGGAAGGAUUCUUUCUCAUUUUGCAUUUGUAUUUCUCUCAUUGCAUUUGGAGGGGGAUCUCGUCCUCCAGAAGCUUUGGUUGAAUAUUUUUCUCUGCUUCGCUUCCCCUUCUUCAGACCAACUGCCUUUCAUCACGGAAUAACUUUUUUGGUGACUUGUUUUAACUUGAGCUUGGGAGUGAAUAUAGAUGCAUACAGCGACUUUCAAAUAUACUAUUAUAGGAAUAUGUAUAUAAAUGUGACAGAGAAGUCUUAUUUUCUCCGAGCAUAUCUCUCGAGCACUUUUCAUUGAUACCUCUGUCCUUUACCUCUCUGGAUUUUGGCAAGCCCCAGGCUCAGAGUGGCUGUGUGGAUGAUGCUGAAAGCUUUGCAAAUGGGUAUUUCUUCAAGAGAACUGGGUCUCCAGCACUCACCAAGUAAGAACUGAGUAACUGGGGGCGUGACCUUCCUUAUCACCCAAGUUGGAAGGAGAUGAGUUGAUUGUCAUCCAGGAAGUAGCAGUUCCCUGCCAGCCUGUGUUGAUCUACAGCUUCACUUCACCUGUGGACUCUCCUAAAAAUAUUAGCUUCUAAGGGGAAAAACAAACAUACAAAACCUGGGCUAAAGGAAGAAUGUUUAAUAGCUAGUGAGCCUCCUUCUCUUUCCCUUACAAGUUGAUUGCAAAGACUUAAGCUGGGAUUCCAUUGGAUUUUAACUUCCAGCAAAAUAGGCGAAGAAGACAAGGACAAUGGCUCUGAGUGGAAACUGUAGUCGGUAUUAUCCUCGGGAACCAGGCUCCACAGUACCUAACUCAUUCCCCGAGGUCGUGGAGCUGAAUGUUGGGGGUCAAGUGUAUUUCACUCGCCAUUCCACCUUAAUAAGCAUCCCUCAUUCCCUUCUGUGGAAAAUGUUUUCCCCCAAAAGAGACACCUCUAAUGAUCUAGCCAAGGACUCCAAGGGAAGGUUUUUCAUCGAUCGAGAUGGAUUCUUGUUCCGUUAUAUUCUGGACUAUCUCAGGGAUAGGCAGGUGGUCCUGCCUGAUCACUUUCCAGAAAGAGGGAGGCUGAAAAGAGAAGCCGAGUACUUCCAGCUCCCAGACUUGGUCAAACUCCUGAGCCCCGAGGAUGUGAAGCAAAGCCCAGAUGAAUUCUGCCAUAGUGACUUUGAAGAUGCCUCCCAAGGAAGUGACACGAGAAUCUGCCCCCCUUCUUCCUUGCUCCCUGUGGACCGCAGAUGGGGGUUUAUUACUGUGGGCUACCGGGGGUCCUGCACCAUGGGCAGAGAGGGACAGACAGAUGCCAAAUUUCGGAGAGUUCCCCGAAUUUUGGUGUGUGGAAGGAUUUCCUUGGCCAAGGAAGUCUUUGGAGAGACUUUGAAUGAAAGUAGAGACCCUGACCGAGCUCCAGAAAGAUACACCUCCAGAUUUUAUCUCAAAUUCAAGCAUCUGGAAAGGGCUUUUGAUAUGUUGUCAGAGUGUGGAUUCCACAUGGUGGCCUGUAAUUCCUCAGUGACAGCAUCUUUUGUCAACCAAUAUACAGAUGACAAGAUCUGGUCAAGCUACACUGAAUAUGUCUUCUACCGUGAGCCUUCUAGGUGGUCCUCUUCACACUGUGACUGCUGUUGCAAGAAUGGCAAGGGUGACAAAGAGGGAGAGAGUGGCACGUCUUGCAAUGACCUCUCCACUUCUAGCUGCGACAGCCAGUCGGAGGCCAGUUCUCCCCAGGAGACGGUCAUCUGUGGUCCCGUGACCCGCCAGACCAACAUCCAGACUCUCGAUCGCCCCAUCAAGAAGGGCCCUGUCCAGCUGAUCCAACAGUCUGAGAUGCGGCGGAAAAGUGAUCUGCUUCGAACUCUGACUUCUGGCUCCAGGGAGUCCAACAUGAGCAGCAAAAAAAAAGCAGUUAAAGAAAAGCUCUCAAUUGAGGAGGAGCUGGAGAAAUGCAUCCAGGAUUUCCUUAAGAUCAAAAUCCCAGAUCGUUUCCCCGAGAGAAAACACCCUUGGCAGUCUGAACUUUUACGGAAGUAUCAUCUAUAGGGGAGGCCAGUGGGGUGGGAGAGGAGAUAAAUUAUGUCACAAUGUUGGAAUAAACCUAAAAGAAAUUCAUAUCUGAAAACAAAAUAAAACAAAACAAAGCAACAAAAGCCAACAACAAAUAAAAACAGUCCACAUUUGUUAGAACACAAUAGCCCAUUGAUUUACUACUGCCUAUUUACCUAGUUCACCUUAACAUGAGAAUCCACAGGGUAGAUUUUUCCAGAUGUGGAAGUAUAAGAAAAUCUUUAUUGUGAUAUGUUUGUUAUCUGAGUCCCAUGUGCUGAGUAUCUUAAAGAUAAUAAGAACCAGCUACAUAUGAGUAGCUGAGAGGCCUUGGGAGUUACUUAUCCCAAACUGGGUUUUAUUUCCUCUCAUCUUCUACCUCCUUCCUUUGAACAACAAUGUGGUAGAAAGAGAUCUGGCCCAAUGAAACAAUUCUGUAUUUUUAAUGUUUUCUUUUCCCUUUUGUUUAUAGGAUAUCAGGGGGAAAGUGGCAGAUUUAUAUGACUUUUCACUCAAAUCUAUUAUGUGCCAGUUUAUAUGGAUUAGUCUAUAUUCCUGAGUAUUUGUGCAUCAGAAGCACAACAAAGUAUGUAUAUAUACACAAAGGACACAGACACUGGGCCCAGACCUCUGAAGGGAGGCACUCUGGCUCUCUAGGCCUCUACUUAAGCACUUCAGACCAAGGAGCCUAAGUUCAUUUCUUAAAAAUCCUUCUGGGGAGAUUUCCCAGUCUCUCAGUAACCUUUGCUCAUAUCAAAACAAACCCUUACCACCCCCAUCAUCUUCCUUGUUUCAAAACAAACAUCCCCCAUUCAUUCCUUCCAUUUUAGUACAUUUAAACAAUGUUUGCUUUUAAACUACAGCCAUUUGUAUCCCUGAAUAAUGUCCAUUCAGUCAACCCCCAAGCUAAUUUCUUUUCCUUAUUUCAAUGUUUUCCGAGUUCUUACUGCCUUUUAUGAUUGUUGCCUUUCCGCAUAGUCCACAUUAAGUCUUCUGUGUAGUCACAGAACUAGAAGCACACACCACAUACUUGAAUAAGGGUUCAGCCCUUAUUGUUUGUUUGUUAGAAAUGGAAUUACAUUCUAAACACUGCUUGGUCACUUUUCAUGUUCUUUGAAUACUACAGUGCUCCAUCAUUGCUUUUCUGUAACAAGUUUUGUUUGUCUUUGGGAUGCUGAGAUUUGGCUGU